AAAACAAACUUAAAUGCUAUGUUUACACCUGCCUUAAUCUAUGUAUUUUCUCUCUCUCUAUUCUAAUACUCCAAUCUCCUUUGUUAGAAAGGAAAUAGAAAGAGCUCUAGCAUAGUGAAAAUGGCCAGUUCUAGUAGUAUUAAACUUGUGUGCAUUUUCUUCAUUCUGAGUAUUGUUGUGCCAAGCUUUGCGAAAGAGUACGUGGUUGGAGGCAGAAAAGGAUGGAGUCCAGGCGUUGAUUAUCAUCAUUGGGCUUAUGGGAAAAGCUUUGGCGUUGGAGAUGUUCUUCGUUUCAUCUACCACCCAAAAUUGACAGAUGUGGCUUCAGUGGAUAUUGCAAGCUACGCACUUUGCGAUAGUGUCAAAACUUACACAAAAGAUAACAGUGGGCGCACAUCAAUUACUCUUGACAAAUCUGGGGCUUACUACUUCAUCUCUACAAACCAGACACGCUGCUCUUCAGGUCUCAAGCUAGAGUUGCACGUUGUUUGAGAAGCACAUUGUAGUAUUGUUUGAGAAGUAAUUGUUGCAUUCUUUUUUCUUUUAAAUUUGUCAAUUUGUAUUCUUUUAUUUAUGUACUAGUAAGGUUCUGUUAAUAAUUAUGUGAAUGUUCUAGUCAUUAUCUAGAGCUUUCUCUUUGAUGAUGAA